CUCUUAUCGACACUUCCUAACACAUACCGCCGUCCCUCCACUGAAACAUACUAGCAUGUCCAUGUCCAAGUAUGACACCAUCUUGUGGGAGAAGGAAAUGAAGAAGCAAAUCACAUCUCACGCCCGCGCCCUCUUCGGCGCCUACCCCUACGGCUCAGACUUUGAUAUCAUCCAUACAUAUUCCAGAGACGAACAAGACAAAGAAAUGCCUUACAAUAUCCACUUGAUUGUAUAUAAGCGGCCGCACAAAAGCGAAGAGUGGGAACGAGCUCAUUCGGUUGACGGUAACGUUGAUGUCGCGCAGGGAUUGAGUCGUCUCUUGGAGUCAAUGAGAGUGGGACUGGGUUGGAAGCUCGAUAAGCCGAGAAGUAAGCCACCGGCUUCGGACCGGAAUGAUGACGUUGACAACGCUCCAAAGGGCAGCUGGAGGGAAGGUGUGGAUGAUGAUGGCCGAAGAGAGAAGAGACGUCGUAGUCGCAGAUGA